UUGUUGCUUUCGGCCCGCUUCUCAGAUUUCGUGAGAGAGGGUUUGAGUUUCUCAGCGGCGGAAGCUGCAGCCAAGGAAAGGGGCGGCUGCGCAGCGACAACAGGCCUCCACCCCAGAAAGCUCGUGGAGUGGGAAGAGCUUGUCUCUCGCUUUGCCCCGGCCCAGGCUGCAGGGACCUCCGGUCCUAGGAGCGACCCUCUCGUUUACUUGCUUGGACUUUCUUUAGAGUUAACGUGUCCUUGAUAACUUCAGGGUUUUCUCUCGCAAGUUAACUGCCGCUUAAUUUAUGACGUUACAGCCUUAGUGAUUGAUAUUUGCCAUCUUCUUGUCAGAGGGUGUCUUCAAAUUUCAGUGGGAUUGCUCAAGUAACUGCCUUGUUGGCAUGGAAACUAGCUCAUUUUAACUGCGUCUGUAGUUUUUCUGUAACAGUAUUUUCUUUUAUAGAAAUUCUUCCCUAUCCCCCCCCCCCAAAAAAAAAAAAAAAAAAAAAAACCCGAACAAACAAAAAAACUUGUAAAAUCACCCAACUGCCUAGACCGCACCCAAUUGGAGAAAACCUUCCUCUGAGCUAAGCUCGGGAUGGCGGCGGCUUCUAGAGCUCUCCCAGACUUGGCUGGCCGGGCUUCAGAGGAACAAGAGAUUAUCAAAGUAAAGGUUGAGGAAGAACACCAUGACUGGGAUCAGGAAUCGUGCCUACAGAGGAAUUUGUCUUAUACCAAGGAAUUGUCUCGUCAGCGCUUCAGGCAUUUCUCCUAUCAGGAUACACCUGGGCCCAGGGAGGCUCUGAGCCAACUCCGGGAAUUUUGUUAUCAAUGGUUGAGCCCAGAGAUGCAUACCAAGGAGCAGAUCCUGGAAUUGUUGGUGCUAGAGCAGUUCUUGACCAUUCUGCCUGAAGAACUCCAGGCUUGGGUGCGGGAGCAUAAUCCUGAGAGUGCAGAGGAGGUGGUGACUGUGCUGGAAGAUUUGGAGAGGGAGCUUGAUGAACCCAGACAGGUCCUACCAGACACAUUUAGGCAGGAAGUUCCUGUGGAAGAAAUGACCUUGCUGGAUACUGCAAAGGAGUCCUUAGAUACCCAGCUCCAGCCUUUGGAGGACAGAAUGGAAUGUGAAUCUCCAGAGUCACAUCCACUUCAAGAUAAUGGUGAAGAUAAUUUAAUCCCCAGAGAGGGGUCAUGUUUGUGGCUUUCCGUGAUGUCUCAAUGUGUGGGAGAUGAUAAUCUCAGUAACUUAGAUGCUGAUGAAGCAGAAAUUGAACCAGAAAACAUGAGAGAAAACUUCUUCAGGAACCUAGCUGUGUUAAUAGAAAACAAAAGUAAUAACACUAAGAUAUUUUCUAAAGCAAAGUACUGUCAAUUAAUAAGGGAAGUGAAGGAGGCUAAAGCUAAAGCAAAAAAGGAAUCAGUUGACUACCGUCGCUUGGCUAGAUUUGAUGUGAUUCUUGUACAAGGAAAUGAGAAGCUGAUUGAAGCUAUAAAUGGGGAAACAGAUAAAAUACGGUAUUAUUUACACAGUGAGGACUUAUUUGACAUUCUGCACGAUACACAUCUCAGUAUUGGACAUGGUGGACGUACCCGCAUGGAAAAAGAGUUACAAGCGAAAUACAAGAACAUCACAAAAGAAGUUAUAAUGUUAUACCUGACACUCUGCAAACCAUGCCAACAAAAGAAUUCAAAACCCAGGAAAGUUCUAACAUCCCAGUCAACUAAGGAAAUUAACUCAAGAUGCCAAGUGGAUCUUAUAGACAUGCGAUUGAAUCCUGAUGGGGAAUAUAAAUUUAUUAUGCAUUAUCAGGAUCUCCGUACAAAGUUAAGUUUUUUGCGGUCAUUAAAAUCUAAAAGGCCCAAUGAAGUAGCACAUGCUCUUGUAGAUAUUUUUACAAUUAUUGGAGCACCCAAUGUCUUACAAUCUGACAAUGGGAGGGAAUUUUCAAGCCAGAUUGUCCAAGAACUCAGUAAUAUUUGGCCAGAAUUGAAAAUUGUCCAUGGGAAGCCUCAGACAUGCCAGAGCCAAAGUUAUCUAGAAUGGACUAAUGAGGAUAUCCAAAACAGAAUUAUCUCCUGGAUGCAAACUAACAACUCAUCACACUGGGCUGAACUUUUGUGGUUCAUUCAGAUGACCCAAAAUCGACCCUAUCACAGAGGCAUGCAACAGACUCCAUGUGAAGGUACAUUUAGCUCUGAAUCUAAACUGGGCCUGUCUCAUUAUAAACUAACUGAGGAACUUGUUGCCAGCCUGAACACAGAAAAUGAAUUAGAAGAAGCUGACAAAGACUUAGAAAAUACUUUAAGAGGCCAGUAUGAAGAAAACAUUGAGACUGGAACAGAUAGUGAUAUUGAAGAUAAUCUUACUAUUACUCCUAAGGUGGCUGAAAAAAACCCUCCUGAAAGCAGACUAAGAUUUUUAUCUUGUGUAGUUUGUGAAAAAGAAUGCACAAGUGCUAAUAGUUGCAUAUCGUGUGAUGGAAAUGUCCAUGCAAUCUGUGGCAUGUACUCUCAACAUGAGACUGAGGGCUAUGGCCACAGAAUAAUUUGUAGUCUUUGCUAUAAGACCACUAGAAUGAAAAGGAAACAUGAUGAGACUCAAAGAAAUUUGGCUAUUCAACCAUCCAAAAUGCUAAAGCCAUUAGAGACACCAUUUCAAUCAGACCAAGUAGAUUGGAUGGCAAAACAAGAUUCUGAUUUACGGAUGAUGAAACAAGCUUCACUGGACUUUUUUGUCAAGAAAAGACAGCCCUUUUCUGAAUAUAGCAGAAGUAGGAAAAGAAAUGGUAAUGUUGGAAGUCAUUUUGACAGAAUGAAAACCAAGAGAAUUCAUACUAGUUUUACUCGGAAGUAUGAUCCCUCAUAUAUUGAGUUUGGUUUUGUAGCUGUCGUUGACGGUGACGUGCUAAAACCACAGUGUAUUAUUUGCGGUGAUGUACUGGCUAAUGAAGCAAUGAAACCCUCAAAACUUAAGCGACAUUUAUAUUCAAAACAUAAAGAAAUAAGUUCACAACCAAAAGAAUUCUUUGAAAGAAAGAGUAAUGAAUUAAAAAAGCAACCAAAGCAGGUGCUCAGUGUUUCACAUAUAAAUAUUAGUGCUUUGAGGGCUUCUUAUAAAGUAGCACUUCCUGUUGCUAAGUCUAAAACACCAUACACCAUUGCUGAGACAUUAGUGAAAGACUGCAUCAAAGAAGUUUGUUUGGAAAUGUUGGGUGAAUCUGCAGCAAGGAAGGUAGCUCAAGUACCACUUUCCAAUGACACCAUAGCUCGACGUAUUCAGGAACUGGCUAAUGAUAUGGAAGAUCAACUCAUAGAACAAAUAAAGCUAGCAAAGUAUUUUUCAUUGCAACUUGAUGAAUGCAGAGAUAUUGCUAACAUGAUAAUUCUUUUAGUAUAUGUGAGGUUUGAAUAUGAUGAUGAUAUAAAGGAAGAAUUCUUUUUUUCAGCCUCUUUGCCAACAAACACAACUAGCUCAGAACUGUAUGAAGCUGUGAAGAAUUACAUUGUCAACAAAUGUGGUUUGGAAUUUAAGUUUUGUGUAGGAGUAUGUUCUGAUGGUGCAGCUUCAAUGAUAGGAAAACAUUCAGAAGUGAUUACUCAGAUUAAGGAGCUUGCACCAGAAUGUAAAACAACACACUGCUUUAUUCAUCGAGAAAGUCUUGCUAUGAAAAAAAUAUCAGCUGAACUAAAUAGUGUGCUUACUGACAUAGUAAAAAUCGUGAAUUAUGUAAAAGCUAAUGCAUUAAAUUCAAGAUUAUUCUCUUUAUUAUGUGAUAAUAUGGAAGCUGAUCAUAAGCAAUUGUUACUGCAUGCUGAGAUACGGUGGUUAUCAAGGGGAAAAGUUCUGUCAAGAAUGUUUGAAAUACGAAAUGAACUCUUAGUGUUUCUGCAAGGUAAGAAACCAGUUUGGUCCCAACUUUUUAAAGAUGUGAAUUGGACAGCCAGACUUGCUUAUUUGUCUGAUAUCUUCAGUAUUUUUAAUGAUCUUAAUGAUUCCAUGCAAGGAAAGAAUGCAACAUGUUUUUCAAUGGCAGAUAAAAUUGAAGGACAAAAACAAAAGUUAGAAGCCUGGAAAAAGAGAGUUUCUACAGAUUGUUAUGACAUGUUCCAUAAUUUAACAACAGUUAUCAGUGAAGUAGGUAAUGAUCUUGAUAUUGCACAUCUGCAAAAUGUAGUCAAUGAACAUCUUACAAAUUUGUUAGAAUGUUUUGAAUUUUAUUUUCCUUCAAAGGAAGAUCUACGAAUAGGAAAUUCAUGGAUCCAAAAUCCAUUUCUUUCAUCAAAAGGUAAUGUAAAUUUAACUUUAUCCCUGCAGAACAAGUUGUUGAAGUUGGCCACUGAUGAAGGAUUAAAGAUUAAUUUUGAAAAUACAGCAUCACUUGCUUCAUUUUGGAUAAAAGUUAAAAAUGAAUAUCCUGAGCUUUCUGAGAUUGCUUUAAAAUCUCUUCUUCUAUUCCCCUCAACAUACCUCUGUGAGACUGGUUUCUCUACUUUAAGUGUUAUUAAAACAAAACAUAGAAAUAGUUUAAAUAUACAUUAUCCCUUGCGAGUAGCAUUGUCCUCAAUCCAACCUAGAUUAGAUAAAUUAACAAGCAAGAAGCAAGCUCAUUUAUCACAUUAAAAACUUUAAAUAUUGAUUUUUUUUUUUGUUCAGGGUAUGCAUCUAGGCAUUUUAGUGUGAGGAAUUUGCUAUUUCACUCUUAACUUUCUGUUUAGUUAAAAUUAUGGAACCAAGAAAAGUUGUGUGUAUAAUAGCAAUUCUAUAUAAACAUUGCCUAAAAUGUGCAUUCUUUCAAUGAAGAAUGUGUACAGUUUUUAUCAUUCUUUUAUUUUUCCUUAUGUUAUAUUUAUUUAAAUGGAAUUUUACAUCUGUUGAUUCUAAUAUUAAAAAUUUGGUCUUGGAUUUUGUAUUUUUAAAAAAUUAUUGAAUUUCAUUAGGGCAUUAAGAUGUAGGAUGACUUCGAGAUGGGGAAUGAUUUCUUUGAAAUGGCAGACUAGAUCAGUGAAGAGAAGUGAGUUUAGAGGGUGGAAUUAGAAUUCAAAUACUAGGGAGGGGCGCAGUAAUAGGUUAAGCUUGUUAAGCUGAGAGAGAGUGUGUAAGUUGGAAGUUGAUGUUAAGUUGGUUUGGUAGGUGCAUUUUUAGACAAAGUGUGUGAAUGGGUGAAGUGGGAAGGGCACAUUUCUUGUAAUGGUGUUAUAGCUUUGGAUUCAUAUUGAUAAAUCCUGAGUUCAUAUGGCUGGGAGGUUGAACCAUAUUGAAAAGUGUAUAUCAGUUGAAGAUUUUAGACUUUACUUGAGUUGACUGCAUUUAAGGUUCUCUGGGAAAAGUCAGAUAUUGUUAGCACCUCAGGUAGGUUUAACAACCUUUAUUGUUCUUUGGAGGUGAUUUAGAAAUAUGCCACACGUAUUUGCUCUUGUGUCUGUGUACCCACUUAGAAUGACUGGAAAUAGACUAUUAGCAGAAGGCAAGUUCUUUAGAGUAAAACAUGCCAGAAUCCUUGAAGAAAAUGAUAGUCUUUUCCUAGAUAGAGAUGCAAUCAGUAAGUGUGUCUUUAAUUAAAAAAAAAUUGAAAGUUGAAGAAUGUACAGAUAUUUAGUGAUACAAAAUGUCACUUACAGUUUAAGCUUUUGAUUAAAAAAUAAGGCAUUUGAAGGGGCUGGAUCUCCCAAAUCUUUAAAAGUAGAGGAACCGUUUUUCACAUUAGUACUGAAACCUCAGUUGUAUUAUGUUUUAUCACGUGUUUUGACAAAAUCUUAAAGCUUUUCAAUUUUACCAAUCUGUGGUGGGUAGAUUUAGAAGAUACGCCUGCAACUUGUGUCCUCUCUCCUAUAUGACCAUGUUUUGAAACUAACUGAUUUAGAACAUUUUCUCUCUCUUGAUGUUUGCUUUAUUGAUUGAAUAAAAUAUUGUAUUUCCCAUUUUUAUUUUAAACAAUGUGAUGAUUUUAUAUUUAUUUCUGUAGAUACUUAAAGUGGUCUGGGAGGGAAAAAAAUGAGGAUAUUUGUUGGGGACG